GGGAAAAACUCCACGAAUCACCGUCGAAUUUUGACUCUCGCUCUCUCUCUCUCUCUAAAGCUACAAUUUCGAAAAAGCUUUACGAAGAAUCUUCACAAGCUUAGCCGCCUGAGUCUCAGGGACAGCCUCCUCCACAGGCUCCACUGUCACUCUAGGAUUCCUACCACGAGCUUAGCCUCGGUUUCUCUCUCUCUCUCCUCCACAGGCUCCACUGUCACUCUAGGAUUCCUACCACGACCUUGGCCUCGGUCUCUCUCUCUCUCUCAAAAGUCUUCACUGCAGGAAGGAAAUUUCUGGUUUACGGGAAAAUGGUACGACAUUACAGAAUGAAAGGGCACAAACGGAAGCAGAGGGAGGAUAAGUAUGAUAGAGAAGAAAUGGAACAAAUUAUUGAAGAGGAUAAUGAAACAACGGAUACCCAUAAUGAGCAAAAAGCCGAGGAGGUCGUAGAUGAGCUUCCAGGUAUUCCAGUUGUUCUACAGGAUCAGAACUCCAAGGCCGGAGCAGUAUUUGUUCUUGAGAGGGCUUCUUUGGAAGUUGCUAAAGUUGGGAAGAGUUACCAAAUUUUGAGCUCAGAUGAUCAUUCCAAUUUCUUGCGGAGAAAUAACAAAAACCCUGCUGAUUACAGGCCCGAUAUAACUCAUCAGGCACUCCUAAUGAUUCUAGAUAGCCCACUUAAUAAGGCUGGGAGGUUGAGAGCUGUAUAUGUGAGAACUGAGAAAGGUGUUCUUUUUGAAGUUAAGCCACAUGUUCGUAUUCCAAGGACAUACAAGCGAUUCUCUGGUAUCAUGUUGCAGCUGCUACAAAAACUAAGUAUAUCUGCAGUUGGUAAGCGUGAGAAACUUAUGCGCGUGGUUAGGAACCCUGUAACGCAGUAUUUGCCUGUGAACUCUUGCAAAAUAGGUUUUUCAUAUAGUUCAGAAAAAUCAAUUCCAAUGCAUGACUAUGUGGCCACUAUUAGCGAUGAUGUGAACCUUGUUUUUGUGGUUGGUGCAAUGGCCCAUGGAAAAAUUGAUAAGGAGUAUACGGAUGAUUAUAUAUCAAUGUCUGGUUAUCCAUUGAGUGCUGCCUGGUGCAUCGGUACAAUUUGCCAGGCUUUGCAGCAGAAGUGGAAGAUAUUUUGAAUCUAUCCUUUCUUCUUUUGUAGUCAAUGUAGCUGUUUCUGAAUCUAGUUAAUUUGGUCGCUUAAUAUAUGUCAACUAGAGGAUUGUACAUUGAUAAUUUUUUGCAUUUUGAUAGAGAAUUGGUAAGAGAUGCCAGCAAAAUUUUUUACAAAUGAGGCAUGAACUUGUGUUUGGAUUUCUUGCUUAUAAAAAUUCCUUCAUUUCUAUUC